AUGAUAUUUUUAAAAAUUAUUAUAAUUUUUAUAUUUCUUUUUAACUCUUUGCAUGAAGUUAAAUCACAAAAUUGUUCUGCAAGUAAACGUCAAAUAGGAAAUGAACCAAUAAUUUAUGAACGUAAAGCAGGUCUUAAGUUUGGACCUAAGGUAAUAGGAGAUUAUAAAUUUUCCAUCACAAACAAACAUCAAGAUAAAACAAUGUGUGGUAAAUGUGAUUGUAAAAAAAAUCAUUAUAAUUUUCAUAUUGAUAAGAUUAAAGAUAAGCUUAGAGGUACUUAUAACGAGUACCGUAAUUAUCAUAUCGUCGAAUGGCAAAAUGUUUGCCCAAAUGAAGAUUGUUUAUGUGUUUGGGAUAAUAAGAAAGAAAAAGAUUACGUUAAUAAAUGUAGCAAAAAUAUUGAAAGUGAUCUUGUUGAUAUCGAGGUUGUAAUUGAAUCAGAGAUAUUAAAAUUAUAUAGUAUUAAAAACAUUGCUGAUUUACCAGGUUUAUUUGAAGUUGCUGGAGCACUUACAGAUAUUUUAUUUUCAUUUUAA